AUGCCAUGUAUGUAUUUUUCAGGGGUAGAUAGCAAUGCUAUCACCAUCGAUGAUCCUAGCAACGAGUGCAUUGUAGUAAACCCAGAGGUAUACGACGGUGUCCACAACAACAAGGAACAAAAUGCAAGAGCUUUUUUGGAUACACACUUAUUAAGGAUUCGAAGUGGAAGAAGCGACCAAAAUACCUCCCCAGGAAGACUAGUGCCCAGGAGUAAGGCAUCCGUAGACAUAGGGAAUACGCCUUUUAUGCGGGUUCUUGUGUAUACCAGCCGAGCAUUGAUUACUGCUGAAUUCAGGGAGAUGAGUAGUAAUGAAUUCAAGGAUAUGUACCUUGCGCCGCUUGAUAAUGCUCUUAGAGUGUCGAGUAUCAGGAGCCGACUUUUAGCAGAAGACUAUCGUUAUCCAUCGGGGGAUGCAAUGCAUGUGGAACAUGCUAUCCAAGAAUACUUUAAUGAAAUAGCAAUCCCAAUCAAGGGACUUUAUCGUGAUGUAGGUGAUACGAACAACUACUUUGGCAGUCCAUCAAUUAUAAGACCCACAUUGGAUCAACGAAGAAUAGUACAACCUGAUAUCAUUCACAUGAUAUAUAAGUCGGAUAUACAAUAUCCCGAAAUUAUUUUUGGGAUAGGUGAUUACAAAACUGGAGUCUAUAAGAUGACGGAAGGAUUUGAAGAAUUGAAGGCAGCUAUAGAGAGUCAAAUCGAGAAUUUGCUGAAUCGAAGAAGAUUGAGGCUGCAAUCCAGUGGAAGCUUUUUUCCGAAUAGGGAGUGGUCACCUAGGGUAUUAUUUGCUUUGGUUUUAAGGAAAUAUAUAUACCAAGCUUUCCUUUGUGGAACAGACAGGUUUUUUAUUUCAGAUCACCAAACAUUCUCAGGGUUCUUUAAGUAUGAAAUUAUGAAUGACAAGAUGUCUAUAGACUACUAUAUCAUUAAUGAUCCAGAAACUGUGGAGCAUGGCAUUACUUUGAGGUCGGCGAUAGCCGGAUUUUUCUAUAAGAAUGAGGCUGAUGCGAUUGAUACAAAGGGCAGGUUGAUGAAAACUUUCGAGGUGGCAAGAAAAACUGAAGAACAGGAUCCAUUUCUCAACGUUUUGCCUAAACUUUCUUAUGGAUCUUCGGGAAAAUUGUCGGAUAGCGGGGUUUCAAGUAAGUUAGCAAGCAAGUUAGACCCAGUAAAAGAAAAUGACGAUAGUGAUAACUUUGAUGCCAUUGAUGGUAACACAUAUUGUCGAGUUAUAUACGAUUCCGCAGAAUUUUAUCCUGAUUUGAAACUUCCAUCGCCAGUUUUUGUCAAACUAUACUACUACUCUAGUCGAUUGUGGAAAGGGAAUAGUUUGAUGUGUUUGGAGUUACCGGAAAAAGAGGGGUAUUAUGGCAUGUUCUUCAAUGAACUUGCAAUUAAUGAAAAAAUUGCUAGUUCUCAAUUUGCUUCUAAUUUCCCAAAGCUCCUUGUUUCAGGUUACUGGAACGGGCUUCCCGAUCACCCGAUGCAUAUAUUUGAAUAUUUAGGGAAAGAAAUGCAGGAGGAUAAUUGGGAUAAGAAAAAAGUGCAUAGAGUUAUCAAAUCCAGACUCAAAGAGCUUCACCUGUUAGGAAUUUCACACAAUGAUGUUAGGCCGGCCAACAUUCAUGUUUCUGUUUCAGGCAAAAUUUCUUUGAUUGAUUUUGGAUUAUCGGACUGCUCAAAUAAUGAGAAACGUAAAAAGAAUGAUUUUGAAAAUCUUGACUACAUAUUGGGAGUACAUGGUUCUAAUGAAAGUUAUAAGCAUGCCAAUCGAGUUAAUGCUAAAAGCGAAGCUAUACCUGCUGAUAGAGCAGACAAAAAUGACAAAUAUGGAAAUGAUAGUAAUUCUUCUAGUGAAGAAGUAUUUGAUGAAGGGAGUUCUGGAACUUUUGGUACCCAAAUAACGAUAGAAGAUAUUGCUUCAAAACCAUCACGAAGAUAA